AUGAUUAUAGCAUUAGCUACCGUUAUCAAUUCUAUAAGAGUUAUCACUGCCCAUGGCUCUCAAAAUGCUUCCCCAGUGAAUGUGAUGUUAACGUCGGGUGACAACAAAAACUCGACCGCAAGCAUCUGUGUAGAUUGCUUAUUCUAUGAUUAUGGAUACUUUUAUUUGCAUUUAAUUGUUUUUGUUAUAAUCCUUCUAAUAACUGCUUUUGGACUUAUUGUUGUUUGCUGUGCGAUUCAUUUUGCCUCAGUUAUUCGUGAAUAUUCUAUAAGACGUAAAGCUGAAGAGGAUAAUCCUGAUAUUCCUAAUUAA